CCCCGGCGGCGGGACCCCAGGGCGCAGAGGAGAGGCUGUCUGCGAUCGAAAGAUGCGGGCGGCCGGGCGGCUCGGGGCCGGCACGGCGCUUUGGCUGCUGCUGGGGGCCGAGGCGGUGGCGGCGUUCGAGCCCGUCACCGUGGCCGUCGUCAUCGGGGUCGCGUCCCUCUACGUAGCCUACCGACACCCGGCCCUGUACUGUCGCUUCGCCGAGUGCUGCGGCGAGGAGAAGCCGCUCAACGCGUCCGCCCUCCAGCUGCAGUUGGAGGAGAAGCUGUUCGGGCAGCACCUGGCCACGGAGGUGAUUCUCAAGGCGCUGACCAGCUUCAAGAACAACAAAGAACCCAAGAAACCACUGACUCUUUCCUUACACGGCUGGGCUGGCACAGGCAAGAAUUUCGUGAGCCAAAUUGUGGCUGAGAACCUUCACGCAAAAGGCCUGAAGAGUAACUUUGUCCACCUGUUCGUGUCGACCCUGCAUUUCCCGCACGAGCACCAGAUAAAACUGUACCAGGACCAGCUACAGGGGUGGAUCCGGGGCAACGUGAGUGCCUGUCCCAGCUCCGUGUUCAUAUUCGACGAGAUGGACAAGUUGCACCCCGGGAUCAUCGACGCCAUCAAGCCGUUCCUCGACUACUACGAGCAGCUGGAAGGCGUGUCUUACAGGAAGGCCCUCUUCAUCUUCCUCAGCAACGCGGGCGGGGACCUCAUAACCCAGACAGCGCUGGAGUUCUGGCGGGCCGGGAGGAGGAGGGAGGACAUCCAGCUGCGCGACCUGGAGCACGUGCUGUCCGUGGGCGUCUUCAACAACAAGCACAGCGGCCUGUGGCACAGCCGGCUGAUAGACAGAAGCCUCAUCGACUACUUCGUGCCCUUCCUGCCCCUGGAGUACACGCACGUGAAGAUGUGUGUCCGCGCGGAGAUGCGGGCCCGUGGCGCGGCCGUCGACGAGGACGUGGUCACCCGAGUGGCCGAGGAGAUGACGUUUUUCCCUAAAGACGAGAAGGUCUACUCGGACAAGGGCUGCAAGACCGUGCAGUCCCGGCUGAGUUUCUACUGACCUGCCGUCCGACCGGGGUGGGCGGCAGCUGGGCGCUGCGCCGGCCCCAGCCCUGCCUUAUGGAGUCGCUUUCGAUCGGGGAACUCAGGAGUUACAGGUUUUCGCCCUCGUCGAUAGGCUUCCCAGGUGCCCGUGGGAAGCCGUUACCCCGGGAACUGGAACGUGCAGCCUGGCGCCCUUCUGCCCUCGUGCCCCGCCCGGGGCGGCCGCCGGGGGUGGAGAUGGUAUCGGGUCAUUGGUACCUGGGGAAGAAGCGCUAGGAAUACGGCAUCCACACUGCAACUCUUACAAUUCACCUUUCUUCCAAACCCCUUGCCUACCCUUUCUUCUUCUAAAAACUGUCGGCUUGCCCUGACCGGGGAGGCUCAGUGGGUUGAGCACCAGCUGGCGAACCCGAAGGUCUCCGGUUCGAUUGCCAUUCAGGACACGUGCCUGGGUUGUGGGCCCUGUCCCCAGUUGGGGGCGUGUGAGAGGCAACCAGUCGAAGCCUUUCUCCCUCUCUUUCUUUUUCCCUUACCCUCUCUCUAAAAAUAAAAUCUUUAAAAUAGAAAAAAAUAAAUAGGUUGGUUUGAGGGGAGCUGUUAGGAGGACUUUUGAGGGUGCAUAGCCUGUCAUCUCAGAUCGCCGGGGUCUGAUUAAAGCGCCCACGAAGACCCCACACCUGUGUCUACGGACUGGUCAUGGUAGUGGCAGGCAGCAUGAAUGCCGGCUUUUCCGGCACCCCUGGUGGGGCACCUGCACUGCCACCCAGUGAGUCUGGGUACUGGCAGGGGUCCCUUGGGCUGCCUGGACUGGGGGGACCCUGGGGUGCAGAUCUGGAGACCCUCCUCCUUCGACUCUCGACACUCCCUGCUGCCUUCGCCCGAGGCCGGUCCCUGUGCUGUCCGGGUCGGGGUCGCGGUCAGUCCCGCGGUGACUGAGGUGCCUUCUGUGUUGCGUGAGGACUCGGGUGCUACGGAGCCCCGUCCGGUGCGAGCGUAUCACGAGUGGGAGUCCUGUACACUGGGAAUGCCGGGGUUGUCAAGGGUGUGCUAUUUUUAUAAUGUUUUUAUGUACGAAUCCUAGAGAAUACAAAUGCAGGAUGUUUUUGUAUUUUAAAACAUGGAAAGGACACACAUGGAAUAAUUGCCUACUUUAUCAGAAAUUCUGAAAAUAAAUGGUGAAGUGUACUGUCAA